AUGCAGCGCUUGCAAGCUGUCCAGGAUCUGUUCACAGAUGAAGCCCUGGUCUCAAAGUUGAGCCUCCACAUUGAUGGCCCCCUGAUUGAGAAGGCACGAGAAGCUACCGAACGCGGCCUCAAGAAGGCCGAUGCCAAGACACUGCAGCCACUGACCGAGCUGACGCAGGCGACGGAAAAGCUUCUCACCUCGACGCACGUGCCCUCCUUUGUCCGAUCAGAGCAGUUUGGGCAGCACGCUGUGAGUGUUUUAACGGCAGCCGACGUGAAUGUCGAAGACGUGCUCUACGAUGAAGAUGCUUUGAUGGGCUUUAUGCAAUUCCUGGACGAGCAGGGCGCUGGGCUUCUCGUUCAGUUUUGGUUGCUGGCGGACAACUUUGCCAGCACGUUUGACGAGGUAUCCUCCAAGCAACGCUCGGAUGAUGCGCUCGGUAUCUAUAACCGCUUUCUCUCGAUGGAGGCCCCCGAGCCCCUCGGCGUCGAUGAGAGCACCCGCGUGGCAGUGGAAGCCAGUAUUUGCCGCGAAGACGGCAUCCAGGCCUCGUGCUUUGCCGCCGUGGAACACCUGUGCUACACAGCGCUGCGCCUGCAUUUCUUUCCGCGCUUCAAGCUGUCUGACAUUUACAUGCGCUUGAUCAAGGACUUUAUGGCUCGCCAAGCUGAGCCGGCGGCGGGCUCGGUACCCGCUGAGGGUGUCGAUGACGUAAGCGUGGCGCCCGAGGGCGAGGACACGGCUCUGAAAAAUAGCAACAAGUAUAGCCAUGGCAUAUAUACGCUAGGUACCAUUACGGAAUGGGGCGAGUUUCUGCGCGAUGCCGAGGUGGCCGAAGAGCCUUCCAUGCAGCUCGACACGGCUCGUAUCCCCGUCGCCUCGCGCAUGCAAAAAGCAUUGGGCCGAGACUUGCAUGAGGAGAUGCUUGUUGCUCUCCAGGUGUCACGCAUGGUCAUUAAUGAGGUGUUGCGGGAAAUGGAGGAGCGCGGUACACUUUACAUGCCGCCCCUCGAUAUCCAGGGUCCAGGAGCUACGACGACGACAGCAGAGUCGGUCGCGUAGGCGUGUUCAGCUUGCCCCGGCCAUUGUUGAUGAGGUGCUUCCCCAGCACAACGGCUACCACCAUGUUCUUGGGCAGUCUGCCGCGUGGUGGUUAGAGAUAGGAUUUUGCCUGUAACUUCUUUUUUUCUUCUUCUUCGUGUCCUUACUUGUCCUGGCUAAUCUUCGAUUUGGAAUUCGUUUGUCUUGGAUCUUCCAAACGCGCGGUCGUCUGCUGCGUUGGUUCAGUCAAUUUUGCGUCAAUAGUUGACUCGGAGUUGUCC